GCCUCUCCAGGGAAGUAAAACCCAGUCGCAGCAACCGCGGAACUGUGCUCAGGACCAGAGUGAGCCGAGAGGAUCCGCCGAGUGCCAGCGGCGCCAGCUGGGGAGGAGAGGACGAGGAUACGAGGCUGAAAAAACACUCCACCUCCACCUGCCACUUGUUUCAGAAUGUCAAGUACUGUGUCCUACUGGAUCUUCAAUUCUGCAAGGAAUCGUAUUGCUCUUUUACGAGGUGGGAGACGCCUAUACUCAAGGGCUGCCACGAGUAGGAACCUGCUGAAGUGGAGGCCCUUUUCUCCGGCAUUGGCAUCAUCAGCCCUCAAGUGUGGUUCUCCACCUGGUGGCUUUGCCCUGCGGAAAGCCUACAGACACACAUCAACCGAGGAAGAGGAUUUCCACCUACAGCUCAGCCCCGAACAGGUCAGUGACCUGCUCCGAGCUGGCGAGUCAUCCCACAAGGUCCUUGAUUUCAACAACGGAGUACCAAAUUCAGUGUUAAGGUUCGAGAGCAACCAGCUGGCUGCCAAUUCCCCUGUGGAGGACCGGCAAGGUGUGGCUACCUGCGUCCAAACGAAUGGGAUGAUGUUCGGUAUUUUUGAUGGACACGGGGGCCACGCGUGUGCGCAAGCGGUGAGUGAGAGGCUUUUCUACUACAUGGCGGUGUCCCUGAUGUCCCAUCAGACCUUGGAGCAGAUGGAGGAAGCAACGGAAAACAUGAAGCCUUUGCUGCCCAUCCUGCGUUGGCUCAAGCACCCCGGAGAUAGUAUUUAUAAGGACGUCACGUCCGUGCAUCUGGACCACCUCCGUGUCUAUUGGCAGGAGCUCCUUGACCUGCAUAUGGAAAUGGGGCUGAGCAUUGAAGAAGCAUUGAUGUACUCCUUCCAGAGACUGGAUUCUGACAUCUCGCUAGAAAUCCAGGCUCCUCUGGAAGAUGAGGUAACGAGAAACUUAUCCCUCCAGGUUGCUUUCUCUGGGGCAACAGCCUGCAUGGCCCACGUCAAUGGAGUUCACCUGCAUGUAGCAAAUGCUGGUGACUGCCGGGCUAUCCUCGGUGUCCAGGAAGAAAACGGUGCCUGGUCAUGUUUACCUCUUACCUGUGACCACAACGCCUGGAAUGAGGCUGAGCUGUCCCGGCUUAAGAGGGAACACCCCGAGUCCGAGGACAGGACACUCAUCAUAGACGACAGGCUUCUGGGUGUCCUCAUGCCCUGCAGGGCCUUCGGGGAUGUCCAGCUAAAGUGGAGCAAAGAGCUGCAGCGGAAUGUCCUCGCAAGGGGCUUUGAUACGGAGGCCCUCAACAUCUACCAGUUUACCCCGCCCCACUACUACACUCCACCCUACCUGACUGCCAAACCUGAGGUUACCUACCACAGGCUAAGGCGCCAGGAUAAGUUCCUGGUGCUGGCCUCAGAUGGCCUGUGGGACAUGCUGGGGAAUGAGGACGUGGUGAGGCUGGUGGUGGGGCACCUGUCCAAGGUGGGUCGCCAUAAGCCGGACCUGGACCAAAGACCAGCCAACCUAGGCCUCAUGCAGAGCCUGCUGCUGCAGAGGAAAGCCAGUGGACUCCAUGCGGCUGACCAGAACACAGCCACGCAUCUGAUCAGACACGCCAUCGGGAGCAACGAGUACGGGGAGAUGGAGCCGGAGCGGCUGGCUGCCAUGCUGACACUGCCAGAGGAUGUGGCCAGGAUGUACCGGGAUGAUAUCACUGUCAUGGUGGUGUUUUUUAACUCUGAUUCAAUUGAUACCUACUGUAAAGAGGGUUAAGAGUCUCCCUCUGGUGCCAAGGCUAACAGGAAUGCCCUUUAGACACUUCACUCCUUAGUGAGCAAUCCAAACCUUAGUAAAGAAUAGGCAGACAUAGGUUGCUGAGUAAUUAACAAAGGAAGAGAGGGAAAACCAGCCUUAGUGGUGGUGAUGGUGGGGGAGACGACUACGAAGACAACGAUGAUGACAGGACAAAGACAUUAGGAGUGAUUUUUUUUUUUUUUUUUUUUUUUUUUUUGUCCUGUGUGUGCUGGUCAGCUCUUCUGUGUAGCAGGCAGAAUAAAGACUAAAAUUGGCUUAGGCUCACGUAGCCCAUGUCCUUUAUAAGACUGUUAAAUUGUGUCAUCCCGUGCUUUUAAAGGAUAAAUUUAAUCAUGAGUCUAAGAAUAAAGAACUUCAGGAUCUCCUGAGACCCAGUUGCAGAUUUUACAGAUGCGAUUAUUCAGAACUCUGUUAUGCCCAAAGUCUAGGCGCUAGUGUCUUGUUUUUUGUUGUUGUUGUUGUUGUUUUUUAGUUAGGGAAGCCUAGGUUUACAAAGCAAUCUUCAGAAUCUUCAGGGCACUUUUCUAUAUGUGUGUGUGUGUGUGUGUGUGUGUGUGUGUGUGUGUGUGUGUGUGUCGGAAAUGACCUUGACAACAUUUUGUACUGUUUGCGUUUUUUAACGCUGGUUAAGUUUAUUUUAAAACUGAACCCUCCAGCUCUCAAGGAGGACUGCCAGAAGCACGUUUGGGACCUGGGUGAGGAAGAGAGGAGCUAGGCCCUGGGCCAGCUGAAUUUAAUUGUGCAGCUAUUGUUCGCCUCCGUUGAGCCUCACCUCUGAACCUUCGAGGCAUCCGUCCUGGGAGGUGAUUUCUGUCUAAUCCCUAACUCCUGACACUUUUGCUGAGUAAGCCGUUCCCCCCUCCCCCACCUCCCCCAGGCUUAGCCACAGGCUACUCAUAAUUUUAGGUUCCUUUUGAUUAUAGCCCCAACUCUUGUUUCCCCGUGACACAACCCUACCUCUGCUAUUCUGUCUGCCUAGCCUCAUCCCGACGUUACUGGAAAAUCUUCCCCGUUCUAUCAUCCAGAGGUUGGAAGAAAGAAGGUGAUAUGGUUGGGUGGCAGUUGACGACAUGUAGGCAGGACUUCUUCAGUGGUUUGUGGAGUUCAGCCUAGAUCUAGAGAAGUGAAAGUAAGGCUUUCUCUCUGCAUCUUGGAAGGGAGGAGGGAGGCUUAUCAGAUGGGCCACGCGCCCCUGCCUGUUGAAUUGCCGUCACUCCGCCUCGGGGACCAUAUUUAGUGUGAGAGGUAAAAGCUAAAAAUCAUCUGGCCAUAGUCUUCAUGGGUCACUGGUGUUUGAAAACGAAUCCGCACGAAUCCGGUUUAGAGGAUAAGUUUUCUCCUCUGUCAGGUGGCUGUGGCAUUGAACUUCAGGAAAUGUGUCCCUAAACACAUGUGGUUCUUUUUGGGCAGUUUUAAUUUCCUGCCCUUGUCAGCACUUCAGCCAUCGUCGGCAAGGCUCUUGUUUCCACUGUAUCAUCCACACACUAGGUUUGGCCCCCUUGGCUUUGCAGGUAGACAUUUUGUUGAGUUUAGAUGGGGCUAGCAAAAUGACUCAGUGGGUAAAGGCUGCCAGUCUCAAAACCCUGAGUUCCAUCCAGGGGACCCCCGUGAUGAAAGGCUUGAGUUGAAAGUUGACCUCCGACCUUCAUGUGUGCACCGUGGCAUGUGAACUCACACAAAAUAAAUAAGAAAAAAAAAAAAAAAAUCAGAGCCGGGCAGUGUUGGUGCUUGCCUUUAGUGCCAGCAUUCGGGAAGCUGAGGCAGGUAGAUCUCUGAGUUCGAGACCAGCCUGGUCUAGAGAGUUCCAGGACAGCUGGGACUACACAGAGAAACCCUGUCUUGACCCCCACCCCCACCAAAAACAAAAUCAGGAUUGCUUUUGUAUAUUUCCUAGUGUAUCUGUUUAGUGAUUUUUUUUUUUAAACAAAAAGACAAGAAACAGAACUCUUGGGUCCUUUUGUUCUGAACCUGAUCUCUUAGAUUUUUACUCAAAAGUAAAAUGUAGGCAGUCCCCCUGAGGAGCAGCCCCUCUGCCCCCACACUUGGGUGGGUUUACUCUCUGUGGCUCCUUUCUGAGAGGACCACGCUUAUGCUCUCAGGUGUGGCCUACCUUCUGAGUGCCUCUUUUUCUUAACCUUCAUCUUUACGCCUAUCCUACAUAAUAACCCCCAACUCUGCCGCCUCAAAAUAAAGUAGAAAAUGAAAAUUUUGGGUGUGGUGGCGCAGGCUUUAAUUGUAGCACUUGCGUGACCGAGGGAAGAACACCAGAAGUUCAAAGAGAUACGUGAGACCCUUGUACAAAAAAAUAGUGUGUCCCCAGCUAGGCACUAAGGCUACACAGAGAGACCUUGCCUCAGGAAACAAAACAAAACAAAAAAACCCAUAACCCCUAAACAUGAGUCAUUAUUAGUCUAGAUUUAUGGCUUGUUAUUUGAAUGGAAGACACUAUUGAACAUUUUUUUUUCUUUGCUCUUUGCUUUCGGUACUAGCUAAAGCCAGGAGUAUCCUUGGAGCCUUAACUGGUGUUCGGUGUCUGAGCUCUGUUUUGGAGGCUGGCACGGGUCAUAAAAGGUUCUGAAUCCAGUAACUAAUCCUGGAGUUGAUAGGACACAGACCUCCCUUCUGUGUCUCCUCACUGUCUAAUAGAUGUCCCUGCUCUCCAGCUGAAAUAUUGAGAGAGCAGAAAGGGCAAUUUAUAGUCUCUCUUUCUCUCUCCCUCUGAACUCAGCCCCUCUGUGCCUGCUCCAGUGCGUGUUGUCUUCUGGUCCCUUGCCAGUGUCUUGCUGGCUACGGGUCUUGGCAGCGGCUCCCUUGAAGCAAGUGAGCCUAAGCUUUGGGCCACUGAAAUUAGGAAGGAGAUCCAUGGUCCCUGUCACUUCUUCCAAAGCGCUUCUCCUCCCUCUCAUAUCGAGAUUCCAGUUAUUAGACUUUUACAUUUUAAAUAAUGAGACUGACCGUUUAGUAUUGCAGAUGUAAUUUUUGAAAGAAGUAUGUCUUGGUGCUUAAAGUGACGCUUAUGAUUUGGGGUAAGAGACAGAUGGCAAUGAUAUCAUUUAGAUCUUUGUUUUAUGUGUAAACAGUGCCGUGCUGUUGAUUUCCAAAGUUAAUAAAGCUGUAGGAAAGACUAGUUUUGAAUGUAUAUUAGAUCAUGUUAAUAAGAUUCAGUCUUCUGAGAUGUUAUUUGUAACAUUAAAGCUAAGUUAUUGUAAUGUUAACUGAGAUGCUGUAAUAUAUGGACGUUUUCCCCAGAAGUACAUUUGGCUUAAUAAAAGCUAAAAAGCUUUUUAGGCACAAAACUUGAUUGGGACACAAUCAAGUUGACAACUUUUAAACACAGAUGGCUUGACCUUCAGAUAAAGAAGGGUAUAAUUAUGUCGAACAGCAACAUUCAAAGGGAGGCUGGUUCUGUCCUUUUGACCGUCAGUUUCUGUUCUUCCUUGGACAGUGGUAACCUCCCAGGUUAAACCAGAAUAUUCUGGAAUGGAGCCAUUGCAGUGCCGAGUCUUUGAAGUGCUGCAGCUGCUGUGGAAGCACCCUGUUAACUGAGGAUCAAAGCUAGUGGUGCAGUUCAUGCUGCAAAUGGUCAUGUGUGUAGCCUGGUGGGGGAGGCACGUUUAGGCUGCUGUGUAACUGUUUCCUGAGCCGCUGAGGUCCCCUGCUUUCUUCCUUUGGUUCCCGGUGUCUAACUUGCCUCCUGGAAAAUAUUUCUUACUAAGCAUUUUCUUGGAACAAUCAUUAACCAUGAUCUUUAAUAAUUACUGGCAUUUGUAUUUCAAACUGUGUACCGGUGUCCCUAUCUGACACUGAUUUUCUAAACUUUGAAGAUAUUUAAGUAGAACUUUUAAAUAAAAGAUGCAAAAUGAAA